UAUGUAUUGCGUGCUUUUAAAUGCUUUCCAUCCCGGGAAUUUUAAAAAUUAAUAUUAUUUUUUACAACUACGAACAGAGUGUGAAUAAUAUUAUUGACGUAAGUGCCACUUAACCCAAUACUAAUCCUGAAUAUGGGUGGGAGAUUUAAAUAAGCAGUCGGUAAAAGAGAUAGAUUAGUGUAAGGAAAAAUUAUUUUUUUAAGAGUACGGAAAAGGCAUUAAUGGGCUUGAUUACGCAUGCGCGUAACAAUCAGCUGAUCGUGCUCCGCCCUUACUGUUGCCUCGGUGUAGCUCCAAAUUAGUGUUAAAUUUUAAUAUAAAACAAACUGAUUUUCCAUUUAACAUUACAAUUAUUAAGCCCCAAAAAUUAUGAAAAUAUUCAAGUGAUAAUAGGUAUCAUGCAUUAUAGAAAUAAUUACUAGAAAAAAUGAAAGCAGCUGCUAUGUCCGUGUGGAUUUUUAUAAAUUUAUUAUGUUUUGGAAUGUGUGGUUAUUUAUACUUAAUCUGGUCACAAUAUUGGAUGAGUAUAGAAAGGCAGAGGCUGUUUAGUGAAUCUCAGCUAAAUGUUCAACGAAGAAGUUCUCGUUUACAUUUUCAAGAUACAUAUCCUGAUAAAUUUAGUUUUCAUCAAUUGUUUAAUCAAUCAUUGUUUAGUGAUGCAUUACGGAAGUCACGAAGGUCUGUGGUUCUCAAGAAUAAUCAAUUUAUACAAUCUAGUAAACCGAAAGUUACAUCAGAUCGACCGUCCGUUAAUAUUAUACUUAAAAGCCACGGUAGACCUAGGUUUCCUAAUAUACACAAACCUAUUUUAGAAUUUGAUAGUGAUAAAUAUGAAUGCGCUGAUUUUGGAACCUCGGAAUGUGACGAUCAAACUAGAGAAUUCAAAGAGUUGUUACUAAAGGAAUUCCAUCGAGUGUUGAUGAGCGAUAGUAAAAUAUUUACGUCGGGAUUAGAUAGUCAAAAUACAUAUGAUGUUAAAUACGAGAGGGGAAGCUCCAGAAAGAAUACACGAAAAGAAAUAUUGUGUGCACUGAGAGAUGUUGAUGUAACUACCGUGACUGCUAAUGAUGAACCGUUUUCAAGCCAUGGAUAUCGCAUUCCCGAAUUUCCUUUGCAAGAACAUCGAUCUUUUAACAUGUGUGCCGUCGUAACAAGUGCUGGAGCGUUGCGGAAUUCAAGAUUUGGCGAAUUUAUAGAUUCACACGAUAUGGUGCUCCGGUUCAACAACGCCCCAACUGAAAAUUAUACCGAAGAUGUGGGAUCUAAGACCACUUUCCGUAUCCUCAACUCGCAGGUUGUAGCAAAACCAGAGUUUCGAUUUCUCGAAGAUCCCCUUUACAAAAAUGUGUCUAUUCUAAUAUGGGACCCAGCAAAUUUUUCCUCUAGUCUCCGAGACUGGUAUGAUCACCCGGAUUUUCCACUUUUUUCGGUUUAUAAAAAGUUAUUAAAGGAGAGGCCGAACGCCGAUGUGCAUUUACUUAAUCCACUGGUACUGUGGAGACUGUGGACUGUACUACAGGAUUCGUCGCCCUACAGGUUGAGACGGAACCCCCCAUCUUCAGGGUUUAUAGGCAUAUGGUUCGCCCUGCAUCGUUGCAACCGCGUACGCGUGUUCGAGUACGUACCGUCAGUGCGUGCGACACGCCGCUGUCAUUAUUACCUGUCAAACGAGGAUGCUGGCUGUACCCUCGGCGCCUGGCAUCCGUUAGCCCAAGAGAAGGCUCUGGCUGACAGAAUCCGUGAUAACCCCGAUCUUGAUGUGUUUCAACGAGGCUUUAUAGAUAUACCUGGGUAUAGACGGGUUGGCUGUGAUUGAUACACCCAUACUAUUUGAGGGUUGAUGUGAUGGAUAUGUAAGAUUGUUCUAAUGUUUUGUCUAUAAUUUUAUGUUGUAGACUUCAUCAUUCAAAUGCAAUGCCUGCUAGUGUCAUAAAUGUGAAAGUUACUCUGUCUGUCUCUUCCCUUCAUUGAACCGAUUUGGAUAAUAUUUGCUAUAGAGAUAGUUUGAGGCCCUAGAAAGGACGUAG